UCAGUCAAGAGUCUAACAGUAACAGUGUAACGUAUAACUAUGAGUUUAACCUUAAAAUAAUUAUUACGUGUUCAACUUGUUAUUAUGGUAUGACGAUGAUUGACUGAUAUAUGGGUAACAGUGAAUUAAACUAAUGAACAGAAAUGAAGAGAAAUCAAGUUUGAGAAAAUUUGGGUAUUUGUUGUAGUUAGAUAUUGCUGAAAAUCAGAAAAAAAAUAAACUUGAAUAAGAGAAGAAUUGAUGUUUUCAAAAUAAAUUAACCAUUCUGGAAGAAAGUUGUUAAACAACACUAGAAACUUUUACAGAAUCUCAUGGUUAACUACAUAUCUUGUAGCCAAACAAAACCUUUAGAUUCAACUAACGUGCAAAAAUAAUCAUGAAAGAAGAGGAUGUGGAAAUAGCUAUUAAGGUUGUCGUCGUUGGGAAUGGAGCUGUGGGCAAGUCGAGCAUGAUUCAGAGAUAUUGUAAGGGAAUAUUUACUAAUGAUUACAAAAAAACUAUUGGUGUGGACUUUCUUGAAAGACAGAUUGAAGUUGACUGUGAGGACGUGAGACUCAUGUUAUGGGACACAGCUGGCCAGGAAGAGUUUGAUGCCAUCACUAAAGCCUAUUACCGUGGUGCUCAGGCAUGCGUUUUGGUGUUCUCAACGGUUGACAGAGACUCCUUUAAGGCUGUUGAAUCGUGGAAAAGUAAGGUUGAGAAUGAAUGUGGAACUAUACAUAUGGCAUUAGUUCAGAACAAGAUUGAUUUGGUAGAUGAGGCUCUGGUAACGAGGGAAGAAGCUGAUGAUUUGGCAAAGAGACUGAGGCUACGAUUUUACCGAACGUCUGUGAAAGAAGAUUGUAACGUUAGUGAUGUGUUUCAGUACCUAGCCAGGAAGUACAUAGAUCAGUUGAAUGAGCCAGAAGUCACAGUUAACAAAGUGGAACCAGCUGCAAGUUGUCAGAAAAACAGUGAAACGCCGACAAAGCUCACACAUUUAAACAAGACCUCUCAACCAACAAACAAUGGCAACAUCUCCUUACACCAGCCCAAACAAAGCAAAAGGGGGAAAAAGUCUUUAGUUAAAGGUUGUAUGCUUCUGUAGGUACAUUUGAAAAAUCCUGUUUUGGAAAAAAAGUGCCACUUGACUUGCAUGUGUAAAUAACUCGGUAUAACCCUGUGCUGUGCCAUUAGUAAUUAUAGAUGUAUUUCACAUUUCAUGUAGUAAUAAUAUGCUGUGUUUAUUGUAUCUAUAUAUCUGAACUUGUCUGUAGCUUUGUAAUAUGGGUGGAAUUUUGAUAAUAUGAUUUAUUUUGGGUUUACUGUAUUCUAUCAUAGAAAUAUUGGGGGGGGGGGUAUACGAGUUUCAGUGUGUUUGGUUUAUUUUCUGAGUAUUUUAGUGUAUUGAAGUUCUUAUUAUAAUGAUAUUGCAUUCCAAUCAUUAGUCCUUUCAUCAGCAUAAAGCUUUACAAGUUUUAGGACUUGGCUGGAAUGACUCCGAGUGUAUGGAACUGAUGGAUUGUAAUAAUAUUUAGACCAUAAAUACUUUAUAUUUAAUUCUGCAGUCAGUUUAUUGAACUUGAUGAUAAUGUUAAAUAAUUAUGGUUUGAAAAAAAACGCCUGUAGUUUGUGAUUUGUAUCAAGUUUUAGGUUUAUUGAAUCACUAAUGCUUUAAUUUAUUCAACAAUUACAGUGUACUAUCUUUUUACUUUACAUUUUCAAGUAUUUUGUGGUUGUUUUUGUCUCUAAAACCAAGACUUUGAGAAACAUUAAAGGGUGAUCGUAAAGUCAAUCUCAAUAUGACUGACAACAUACAGAUACGAUUCACGGAGAUGUUGAACUGUGUUAUGUUGGUUAACUGGUGCAGUUAACUGAUAAUUUUAAACUCUUCUCUUUUGGUUGUCGUUAAGCGUUAAUGUAUUUAAACCAUGUGUGUGUGACAUGUAGUCCUGCAGUAUGUACCACAGUGGUUUCCAAGUUGUGUGUCACGCAUGUGGCAGCAGGGGUGUCACGCAAGUCAAUGUUAGUGGAUUAUGAUGUUGUCAGCAUGUGGCAGCAGGGGUGUCACGCAAGUCAAGGUUAGUGGGUUAUGAUGUUGUCAGCAUGUUGCAGCAGGGGUGUCAUGCAAGUCAAGGUUAGUGGGUUAUGAUGUUGUCAGCAUGUGGCAGCAGGGGUGUCAUUCAAGUCAAGGUUAGUGGGUUAUGAUG